AUGUUAAAGGCAGACAUCAAGGAAGCGAACUUUGGCUCAUUUGUUAUGGAUUACUUCAGGCACAUAUCCGAAGCAACACUCAUGCAAAUGGGACUCGCUCUCCUUCAAAGGACAGGAUCUCCCCACGACUUGCUCAUCAACACUGUUUGUGUCAACGCCAUAGCCUCGAAGUUCCUCGCUGCAAUUACCAACACUGGAAUCGACAGUGAACUGAUUCACGAAAUGACACACAACAUAGUGCAAUUCCAGGAGGCAGCAAAAGUAGCUCUUCGGAGUAUUUCUAUCUUAACCAGUCCUUCGCUGGGACUCUUGCAGGCGCUUCUUUCUGGUAUAUUCCUCCAUCAAGCAUCCGGCGACAUCACUGAGGUGUCAAAUUUUGCUUUCAAGAUGGGAAGAUCCAAAACUUUACUCGAUAUUGAGAUCGGACACUUCAUUUCCGACCAACCCGGCCACCAGCACCCCACCUCGGAUCUGUUCCAAAUUUACAUGACUCUUGCUAGAGUACAGGCUGCUCUCGUGCCGUACCUUAGGGGGCGCUCAUCAAUUCUGACUGGUGAUUUAUCAUCUUCCCAUGGAAUUGGGAAACUUUGGUUGGUGAACAUGCAACAAAUUCGAGAGAGGAUCGACCAUAUAUCGAGUCCAUAUCCGGCCUGGAGAGGACUAGAUGCUCAAUCGGAAAUAUCAGCUCUUCAAUUCGCCUAUCAUUCGAUCAUGACCACCAUAUUCCAUAUCACUGAGGGUGCAGGACACCAGUCUGUUGAUAUACGGGACCAGUGUUUGUUCGAAGCCCACCAGGGCAUAUCCUCGCUAGUAUCGACAUGUAUAUCUGCUGAAAGGCAAAACACAGUGGCUUUGUUACACUGGACACUUCUCGUCUGCCCCAUCACCGCAUACUUUGUGCUAUUCUGCAAUGUCAUUGCGACAUCAAAUACUGACGACUUCAAACUCAUGACAACGAUUACCGAUUGCUUAACUCGCAUUGAAACAACAAGCCGUCCAAUUAUUCAAGUACGAACGAUCUUCCGCCACUUUCUAUCUCUUGCCGGAGAGGUUUUCGACGAUGAGUCAAACGCAAUUGUUGUAACUCGAGAUCAUCAAGUACAGCCAGUCCAAUCCCAGUCAACUGACUUGCACAACUGGUUGUCUGACGGUCUAUUUAUACCUUGGACAGCUGGCACCGUUCCCCCGUUUGAUCCGCCUUUACUGACUGGGAUGGGGGAUUUCUCUGAUAUACCCAUUUUUCCGGAGAAUGAGAUGUUUAUACCCCUUAGCGAUCAUUUCCCUGAUGCGGGAAAUGAUCCUAGCGUCUGA